AAAAUUUGUUUGAUUUAUCAAUAAUUGGUUAUUCGUAGUGUGUGUAUUACAAAUCUCUGCACAAUUAACCCAUGAUUUGUAUUGAUAGUUUAUGCAGAGCUUCUUAGUGGCAAAACCCAAUAGUUUUGUACAUAUGUUUAGUGUUCCCUGCGAUAUGGGUGUUUCAUAUUGUGUGUCCAGAUUCCGGGUGUUUAUUCAUGUGUAUAUAUACUCAGGGUCGGAUCUAAGGGGACGAGAGCCUGUUCACCUGGACCCCUUUGACAAAAAAAUUAUAUUGCGAAGGACUUUAAAAGUGGAGGAAACUUUGUUUUUCAGCAGAAGCUUUGUAUCAAAGACAAGUUCAAUUUUUCCUAGAAAAUUUGGUACUUGGGCAGCUUGGUUUUCGUUGAAGUCUAGCUUGGAUUUGAAGUUGCGUUUUAAGCCUUUGAGACUAAUUCAUAUGGAGAACAAAGAGAGCAGCAGCUCCAGAGGUGCCUUAAUUGUUUUAGAAGGGCUGGAUCGUUGUGGGAAGACGUCACAGUCUGGCAGACUGUACAAGUAUUUGGAUGAGCAGGGAUAUUCAGUCGAGUCAUGGAGAUUUCCUGACAGAAAUACAGGCAUUGGGCAAAUGAUUUCUUCUUAUCUUGCUAACAAAUCACAGUUGGAUGACCAUGCAAUCCAUCUUCUCUUCAGUGCAAAUCGUUGGGAGAAGAGAUCAUUAAUGGAGGAAAAGCUGAAGAGUGGAACUACUCUCAUCGUUGACCGCUAUUCUUAUUCCGGGGUGGCAUUUUCCUCUGCUAAGGGAUUAGAUAUUGGAUGGUGUAAGGCUCCAGAAAUUGGGUUGUUAGCUCCAGAUCUGGUUGUAUAUCUCGACAUAUCACCUGAGAAAGCUGCUGAAAGAGGAGGUUAUGGAGAUGAACGAUAUGAGCAGCUUGAGUUUCAGAAAAAGGUGGCUGGAUUUUAUUUGGCUCUUCGUGAUUCCUCGUGGAAGGUUAUUGAUGCAACCCUUUCGAUUGAAGAUGUAGAGAAGAAGCUCAGAGAAGUUGUACUUGACUGUAUGAUGACGUGCCACAAAGGGAAACCAUUGUCUCAGUUAUGGCCAUGUUAGGUCUAGUGAAUGUCUGCAUGAAUGAUAUGUAUACCGUCUUUGUUACACUGUAUUAUUCAGAUAUAUUUUGCUGUAUUUAAUCAUCUACACGAUUUCCUUGGAAGUGUGGAGUGCUUCAUGUUUAUAGAUCCCUGUUAUGUUCAUGCUGCAAUACCAGUGUUUUUGAUGAUUAUUUGAAAUACUAUUUUGGUGAGUGGCGAAAAAGAAAGAUUGCAAAUGUUUAUGUGAAAAGA